ACACUCUCUCCUUCUCUCUCUCUCUCUCUCUCUCUCUCUCUCUCCCCUUCCUCCUUUACUCCAAAUUCAAGGCCGUUUUUGCUCUUUUGGGUUUUGCUAAUACCAACAGAUGCCCGAUGAUCCCUCCCAGUCUUUCCUCCUCCUCCAUCUGCUUCCUCUGUAACCGUUCCCAUCUUUACUCGUCUCAGUCCAAACUGCACUCAAAACUUCGUUUGACUUGACCGCUUCUCCUCAGAAGGCUUGGAGCUUUUCAAGUUAGUCUUGGCCAAUGUCGAAAGGAAAAGACUUGGAUGGUGAAGAAGAAAGGGCCAACAUGGUGGGUUCAGAUGGUGAAGAAAAAGCAACCAUGGACCUUGACGGAUGCAUCAAAGGGUCCGUGCUCAACUUGGACUUUGGCGGUGCUCCUUGGGACGAUUCUCAGAUAUGCCCACCGCCAAAGUCAGGGGGUCGCGAGAUUAAAACAAAAUCGGAGAAAAAAUCAUCUUCUAGUUCUAGCAGGAUUGGUAGUUCCUCAGUUGUGGAACCUCAGGAUGCAGAUUACACUCCAUCGCUCAGCGAUGAGUUGGAGGCCUUGAUACUGGCUAGGGUGCCAAGAUCUUUAUACUGGAAAUUUUCCACUGUCAACAAGCGGUUCUUAUCUUUAAUUAAGAGCGGAGAGAUCUUCAAAAUCAGGAGGGAGAUUGGAGUUAAAGAGCCAUCUGUGUUUAUGUUGGCGAGCGGGGAAACUAGUUGGUGGGCAUUUGAUCCGCAGUCCGAAUCUUGCCGGAAUCUUCCUAUAUUACCCUCUGACUCAUGCUUUUCCGCCGGAGACAAGGAAACACUUUGUGCAGGUACUCACCUUAUGGUUUCGGGCAACGAGAUCGAUGGCCUUGUGAUUUGGAGAUACGAAUUGGCUGAAAAUAAGUGGUUCAAGGGCAACUCCAUGAAGAACCCAAGGUGCUUGUUUGCUUCCGCCACUUGUGGUGACUAUGCUUUUGUAGCUGGUGGGUUUGGUAUAGGCAGCAAAAAGGAAGUUCUUAAUUCUGCUGAGAAGUAUGAUCCCGAGACUAAGUUGUGGGAUCGGCUUCCUAUGAUGCAUCAAAGGAGGAAGAUGUGUUCUGGUUGUUACAUGGACAAGAAAUUCUACGUGAUUGGUGGCAAGAAUGAGCAGGGAAACGACCUCACGUGCGCGGAAGCUUUCGAUGAGAGCCAAAACAAAUGGGAAAUAAUCCCCGACAUGUUGAAAGACAUGCCCGUCUCGACCUCCCACUGUCCGCCCCUCCUUGCCGUUGUGAACAAUGAGCUUUACACUCUCGAGACAUCCUCGAAUGAGCUGAAGGUGUAUAUCAAGAGCAGCAACUCUUGGAAGAGGCUCGGGCCAGUUCCUAUAAGAGCUGAUUUCAGCAAAGGAUGGGGUGUCGCGUUCAAAUCUCUGGGCAGCAAGUUGCUCGUGAUAGGCACAUCCUCGGCUUCGGACACCGGCCAUGGCAUGACCAUCUUCACUUGCUGCCCUGAUCCAGACACUGAGGAACUGCAGUGGACGCCUAUUGGUUGUGGCAAGAACAGUUCUAGUCCCUUUAUCUGGAAUUGUUGUGUUAUGAUGGCUUGAACUUUGACGGGUGACUUGCGAUGUGAGCACCCGAAUAAAGUGCUACAUGAGCAAUCCGAGUAGCUGGUCUCACUAAAGCAUAUACACAUAGCUUGUCCCAAGAAGAUGGCUGUUAUAUUCAAACUUGCAUUAUCACAGUUGGGUUAAUUUCAUAACUCAGGCUGUAGUCUAUCUUGUGCCAUUCUAUCUCCUAACUUGAUGAUUAUUUCAAGUGCCUCUGUCUUUCUAAAUUACGGGCAAGUGUUUCUAUCAUGGUUUGUUUUCUUUCUGAACUCGUAAUAAGAAAAUUUUCAUGCCUGAAUGGAGAGCUCCAUUUGUUGCUGGACCUCGGUUAAGUUGCGCAAGAUUUUCA